CUAGGAUGUGGUAUAUUACUCUGACACUGUGUCUCUGUAUACAACGUGUUUGUGCUAAUGGUGAAACGUGUACAACAAAUGAUGCUAAUUUGUGCCAUCUAAAUAAUGAGCAAACAGCAAAAUAUGUGAGAAAAGAUUUAACUGACGAAGAAAUGUUUAAGAAUGGUCACUUGAAACCAUUUGGCUCUCAUCGACCACCAGAAAGCAUUGUGGAAGAACUAUCAUUCAUGAUAUCACCAAAAGACUUCUAUAUGAAGUAUGUCAUUAAACAUAGACCAGUUGUAAUUAAAGGUGCAGUAAAAGACUGGCCAGCAUACAAACUCUGGUCUGAUGACUACCUUAAUUCCACAUAUGGUGAUGUGUUGUUUAAUAUGGAAACAAAAGAUGACGACAAGUUCAAUCUGCCAAAAGCAAUGAAGCUGAAGGAUUUUCUCAAAGUAUAUCAAAAAGCAGACAGAUAUUUAGUCGAUGAAGUCACACCUGAUAUGAGAAAAGAGAUUGUGUUACCACUCUGUCUAAGGUGCGAAGAGAUGGACAGAUAUUUCUUUGUAUCCUACUUCUGGUUCAGUCAGGGUAACACAAAAUCCACCAUGCAUUUGGAUACCGAUGAAAAUCUGCUUUGUGUUAUCAAGGGUCAUAAAGAGGUAUUGAUGGUUUCGCCUGAGUAUUCUGCUGAUUUAUAUGCAGAUAACUCCAGGGUACUAGGUGUAUUGGACUUAAAUGUCUCAGCAGUGGACUUGGAGAAAUAUCCAAGAGUUAAAAACAUCCACUAUGUGAAAGCAAAUGUUAAUGAGGGUGAUAUGGUAUAUAUACCUCAGAUGUGGUGGCAUCAUGUCUAUUCUAGACCAGGAAGACAACAAGCUGUUGCAUUAUGGUGGAAAUCAAAACCUUGCCCAAAGAAUGGUAAUAGAACUGCUAUGCCUCUACAGGAUAAAGGCAAGACAGGGCAUGUGAAAGAUUCAUUUGCUGGUAUUUUGGCUGAUUAUGAAAGGUGGGUGCAAAAUGUUAGCGACGACCAGCCAAUGAUUACUUGUAAGGAGCAACAAGUGUUAAUGAGCAAUUAUGAUUUUGAGACCGAUAAAGACCCAAAUGCAAAGAAGACUAUGGGUGAUGAUGGUGACUUGAAGGAGGAAAAUCUCAAACUGUUUGAGGAAGUUACAAAGAAAGCAAGGUUAAAGGGAAAAAAUCCUUUUGAAGUAUUACCCAUAAGUCAAUUGCCUUGUGAUUUUGAUAGAGCUAAUGUACUAUCUCCAUGUCAUUAUAAGCAAUGUCAUGUGACAGAUAAUGAUAUUAGCCUAAAUUGUAUUAGAUAUAUGCUUGACUAUUGCAGUGAUUAUGAUGAUCGUGGGUGUGUCAUCCAUUUACCAAAUUUUUUAAAUAAACUUGAUCACACUCAAUACAAAAAUCUUCAAACAUUACAGACGGAGUAUGGAAAGGAGCAAGGUCUACAAAACACCAAACACUAAUGUAAUACAUUCUACAAAUAUUAAUGUAAUUACAUUGAAGUUUCAUUUAGAUACGUAUGAUACUAAAUAAUAAUAAAUGAUAAUAAUAAUUAUAAAUAAUACUAAAUGAGA